AUUCAACGAAAGUCCCUUCUUCUUUAUCUCCUUUCUCGCUUUGAACACCAAGUUUCGAAAAUUCCCAGCACUUUCUUCUUCAUCUAUAUAUAAACUCGGUUUCGGUUACCCAUUUCUGCAAAUCCAACUCAGCUUUCAAUUAUUUCAUCUUUAGUCGUUAAAGUUUCUUUCUUUUUCUUUUUCUUUUUUUAAUUUCUUCGUGAAAAUAUGAUCAAAAACGAACAAUACGAACGUGUUCUUAGUUACUUCGAUAGAGACGGCGAUGGGAAGAUUUCAGCAUCGGAGUUGAGCCAUAGAUUGGGCUUAAUGGGCGGGGAACUGAAGUUAAACGAAGCCCAAGUGGCAAUCGAAGCGUUGGACUCAAACGGCGACGGGUUAUUAGAUUUGGAGGAUUUCAUUGGGUUAUUAGAAGAAGGAGGUGAAGCAGAGAAGACGAAGGAUUUGAAAGAAGCUUUCCAGAUGUACGAUACUGAUGGAAACGGAUUCAUUACGCCUAAAGACUUGAAGAAAAUGUUAAGCAAGCUUGGGGAGUUCAAGUCCAUUGAUGAAUGUAAGGUUAUGAUCAAGCGAUUUGAUCUUAACGGUGAUGGUGUCAUCAGCUUCGAGGAGUUUAAAUUGAUGAUGCAAUGAUGCAUGCAUGGCCGUCUUUUCUUUUUUCCUUUUUUUUUUAUCCAUUGUUUCUGUAUCUAUAUGAUCCGUUUGUUCUUGUAAGUAAUUUUUAUGAAUCAUUUCAUCUCUUAUAUGUAUAAACUACACUCUUUUAAUUUUAUUUAUUAUUAAUAUUAAUGAUUAAAUACUUAAA